AAUCCAAAACCUAAAUCGCCCGGCGACAAAAUAGUGAGAAGGCGGCCGAAGCAGUUUGAUCCCGACGCCUUUGCUCGCCUGAUGACGGACCAUCUUCUUGAUCCCGACGCCUUUGCUCGCCUGAUGAUCACGCCUUUGCACCGGCGUGAUCACGCAACCGCCCCGGAGGGCCGCCUUACUUCUCUCCACAACGACCUUCUCAUCUCCAUCCUCUCCUUCCUCCCCAUCAAGCAGCGCGUCGCCCUCUCCGCCGUCUGCUCCCGCUUGCUCCGCCUCCUCCCCUCCAUACCCCGACUCGACGCCUUCCGCCUCGAGGUCGUGAAUCCCUCCGGCGGCGUCGACAUCAGCCAACAUUUUACCUUCCCCCGCGCCCUGAUCCGCCAAUGCCACAUCGUCUUCCACAAGUUCACCUAUUUAUCCAAACGCCUCGAGCAGCUCCUCGUCGAGGACCUCGUCGAGGUGGGCGUCCAAGAUCUCAUCCUCGAAACCGCCGGUGAGAGAUUGUUGAAUCUCAGCGGCAAGGAAAAUUGCGGCUUCUUCGGCCUCAAGUCGCUGAGGAGUCUCUCCUUACAAGGAAUCUCGGUGGGAUGCUUUGAUGGCCACCCCCAUCCGCCGCCCAUCGCUUGCACCCUUCUCACCUCCCUCAAAAUUAAACAUUGCGACCUUCACCGGAAUGAUUUCCUGCGAGCCUUCCUCAUCUCUUGCCCUUUCCUCGAGACUCUACAUUUCGUCUAUUCCUUCGAAUACGGGGACAACUUAAGCAUCCACUCCGGCUCCAUUAAGCAUCUAGUCCUAUUAUUCGCAAACUCCACCGUCAGCGGCACCAUCAACGUCCGCUGCCCAAAUCUUGAGUCGCUCACCGUCAACGUCGCCAGUGAGCUGCGCAUUGAAGCUCCCAAGGUCCGGAACGCGUCAUUACUUCUCGGCCUCUAUCCGUCGACAGAUCCUCCAGAUGCAUUGAUGAAGAUUCUCGGAGCUCAUUUUGGAACCGAUGACGCUUGGCUCAUGCUGAAUUCUAACCCAACUCCAAAUGGAUUAACAGCAGGACACGAAAAUUAUAGAAUUUUGUCUCCGGAAUGCAAACAGGACGCCGUUAUUUUCAACUUUGACUUCGAUCUUAAAGAUCAAUCCUCAGCGAUGAUAUUGACUCAGUUUCUUAAGAAACUUAAUCACUACAAUACCAGGUUUGAUAUACGUGUGGAUGCUAUGCAUAUACAGAGCACUAAUGAAAUGGCAAGGGACGAUCACUUGCUUCAUAGCUCUACAUAUGUAGAGCUAAUUAAAUUACGAAUGAUCAUGUCCGAGAAGAGGUUUGAAGAGUUUCUUUCGAAUCAAAAGAGGAUGGAGGAGGAAUUAAAGCAGACAGUAUUGCAAAAGCUGAAAAGUCGCACCAGUAAAGAGGAAUUCAAGGAUAUAUUAGUUUCCAAUGAGUCCCUGGUUGAAGUAUCCUCGAGUAUCACUAAUUGCAUUGAAAUAAAAUUUUAGUGUGUUUUUUCUGUUUGCUAAGUGUUUGAUUUCAGUCAUACAAUGCCUUUAUUUAAAGCUCAGUUCUUGCAUUUCUGA